UUUAGCUUAAAGUACAACCAAUCAUUAAUAUAAUAAUAUUAUAAUAUCUAUCUUACAAAUUAUAAUGUUACGGAUACAAGUAUUAACAACACCUUUAAAUCAGUAUUUCCUUACUUUCAGGAUUAAAGAGGGAUUGAAUUAGUAUUUUAAAUAAUUUUGAGUUUUUGAUCCAACAUUCCAGCUCCUUAAAUUUUUGACGUAUCCAAUUUAAAUUAAAUGGUACAAAAUGUAAUGCAAUAUGUAUAAAUACCGAAUGCAAUACAUACCUGGCUUCUUAUCCUUCUCUGUUAUCUCUGUUUAUUUUGACCUGGUCUUUAGCCUAUAUCUCAGUAAAUAAAUCCCAAAUUCGAAAACUCUGAUUCUCCCCCACCCCUUCUGUCUUCCUCUAGGAUAAAUUCAAGGUAUACGUUUUCGCUAUCUUCUAAUUCAUUUCCUUUUAUUACUUUUUUCUCUAUGUUCCGUGAUAUCAACCGACGAGUACAUCACCACAAAUGGGAAGCUUCACCAGCACCUUCGAUAAUCAAGAAAUGAUAAACUUUCACCACCAUCGCAUCAAAGUCGUCGCCUCGGAGAACCCUAACCCUAACCAACGUUCACAACCACCGCCACUCGGCUCAAACGCCAUUAUCGGUUGUUUGUUUAAUUUCAGAUAUAACGAUUCAUGGCCUUCACAUCUCAUAUUCGUAUUUACCACCUUACAGGGUAUGCAAUUUAUGGAGAAUAUUUCCAUAGAGGAGGAAGUUGUAUCUGGAGUAAGAAAGCGACAUGAAUCAGAAAAAGAGGGUUUCAUAGGUUUGAAAGAGGCUUUUCAUGUCUAG